ACGGACGUGCCACGUUCGGGCGCGAUAAAUUUCGUCAGAUAUAAAUUUAUCGGCCGUCAUCGAAAAACACGAGAUUCGAAUCCAACAAUCGCGAGAAUUGAACGAUCCUGCGAGACGGAGAUCCUGCGGAACGGAAAAGAUUUCGAAGAACUCGCGAAAUUUUUUUCUCGACCGCAUCGAGUAGACAGCGAAUUAAAAUGGCUGUGAUUGGCUGAGUCGGCACCGAGUGAUUUGCGGCGACAGGAUAAUAAAGGACGUUGCGGUCGCACGCAGGAUCAGGAUUAUAAGCCAAAGUACGAACCGAUUAUUCGCGACGGAAAAGUAAGGAAAAGCACGGACGGAGGGAUGACUCGGCGCUGUGCGCUGGUGCGCAAAAAACUUUGCUGAUCGCCGGAUUUUGCACCUCGUGGUGGGGUCGGGGAGGGUGACGCGCGGGGGGUGGAAAAAGAAAAUCGUCGUCGGCGUCAAGGACGUGGAAGAGAAAGGAUUUGUUAAAUCGAGGAAGUGUUCUCACCAAGAAUGAGGUCCUACGACGGCGAGAGCAGCUCGACGGAGGACGACGAUCGCAGGGAAGGUUUACCGGAGGCACAUCUGCAGCAAGGAUCUUGGCAACGCACAGCUUCACAUCCUACCUGGGCUUGGGAACAUCGCAACACUCAUCCGCUGCCUCCGCAGUCCGCGGGGGCCCUCGAAUCCGUGUAUUCGGCACCCGGAGCUUCGCAUCCGGGUGUCUCAGGUCCGCAGGCGUCAUACUCAUCGGAACACACUCAGAGCGCACCAGGACGAAGGACACCGCUGGGCGCCGUGGGUCUUGGUGGUUUCUACUUUCAGCAACAACCACAACCGCACGCUUCGUCCAGCGCGUUAUCCGACGAAAAUCGUCCGGAAGAAAGACCUUCGGCUUCGCGACUGAAUUGCCCGCCGAAAUCAAAGACGACUCGCCAAGGGAAGAGCGUGCGGCUGAAUAUUAAUGCACGGGAGCGCAGGAGAAUGCAUGAUCUGAACGACGCACUGGACGAGCUUCGCUCCGUCAUUCCUUACGCUCAUAGUCCUUCGGUGAGAAAGCUCUCGAAGAUAGCCACUCUUCUCCUGGCGAAAAAUUACAUCCUCAUGCAAGGAAACGCUUUGGAGGAGCUGCGAAGAGUGAUAGCCGUCCUGCAAUCGCCGCACGCGCACACCACCGCCUUGCCGCCCACGCCAGUCUCCUACGAUCUCCUGCAGGGAUUCCCCGGCAAGCUGUUUCAGGGGGUGCAGGAGAUGCAAGGAUUACCCGCGAACGAUCCUCAGAUCGUGACCGGCCCGCCGACCGACGGCACGGUCGCCAGCGGAGAAUCGAAUUAAAGAAUUCUUUUACGAUUUUCUUUCGCGACUGCUCAAUGAAUUUUCUCUCUUCCGUUUUUUUUUCUCAUAAAAAACGUUAAUUAAUUGCGAUAAGUGAGUCAGAGGAUUAAACCGGUAGAAGGUGAGUCGAAUAGCGAGAGGAGCAAUUUUAAGAUGACGAUUGAUGAUCAAUGUAAGACAUCGUUUGCAAGACUUUUAAGAUGAAAUUUUAAUAGAGUAUUAAUGACAGCGCCUUUGAAAGUAUUAAUUAUUAGAAUACCAUUAACGCGCUGAUUAACGGACACCAAGAAGUCCGGAUUAGUUUUUUCUAAAUAUUAAAAUUAAUGACUUAUUUAUAUUUGAAAAUCAAAAUGACGAAGCGUGCGAUUUUAUUUUUUCCGUGAAAGUAACAGGAUGCACAUUAAGAUAAAAUAAAAAAUAUUUAAGCGUAAUCAAAAGUUUAUUAAAGAAAUAUCGAAAUAAGCGUCAAUCGAAUUAUGAGAAAGAUAUACUUUUUUUUCCACGGAAAAAAUAAAAUGUACGAUAAAGUCAAGUGGCACUACAUUUUUUGAGCUGAUUAAUCAGACUCGUAUUGAAGUGCAGAUGAGAUUUGGGAGGAAGAAUUGCGAAAGUAUUGCGAAAGUACUAGCGAUUAAGUGAUUUACACUCACGAUCCUACAGUCAAUGAUGCAGCAAUAAGACGACGGCGCGUUUUCGUCCCUCCGACAGUCGAUUCUCGAAGGAAUAGCGUUUCAAUCACUGGAUCAUUGAACAUGUAAUUCUUUUCUAAACUGACAAGCGCAAAGUUUUGCAAAGAGUUCUCGAAAUUGCAGUUCUACGAUUAGAAGGUCGAGCGGAAAAAUAAAUUGCGAAUUACACUUGAAGUAAAAGAACAAAGAGGUGAGAAAGUUUGUAAAAAAUUGCGUGGUCGAUGCAGGAAACUUUCGCGUUGGAAGGCCGCAGGGACGAAAGAUGUCGCCAGGACUCGGAGCGCGAAGUGUUUCCGGGUCUCGUCGGAACAGAUAGUCAAUAUUAGUAUGUGAUACGUAUGUGUCGAGGAGUUCUAGUCAUAUACAACGUAAAGAUAUAUUGGAUAUUCAUAUACACAUAUACAGUAUAUAUAUACAUAUACAUAUAUAUUUAAUAAUCUAACAAGGCCAUCGACUUACGACUUAUUUAUAUACUUAAGAAUCUACUACAGAGUGUGCCAAUAAGGAUUUACUUGCUUGGAGGAGUGAGAGCGAGAGUGAAAGAGAGAGAGAGCGAAAGAGAGAUAGAGAGAAAGAAAGGAUGCAAUGUGAAGAGAA